CAUGGUUUUGUUACCUCAAUUCGAUUCAGAAUACAAUGAUAUAGAAAUGGAAGAAAAUAUGUCAUUAUUACAAUGCAUUGAGUCUUGCAGUUUAAAGAACAUUUCGUCCUGCACGUAUGUAAUAUCUAACAAAAGUUGCUACUACAAAAGCAGAUGGACACUCGAUCCAGAUGGAGCUCACAUGGCGAAAUUAACUUCAAAUCCAAAUCUUUUCGGCAUGUACAGAAUAUUUGAUGCAGCAGUUACCUGUUCAAAUAAAGAUGUGAAGAGGGUUAACGGCAAUCAUUGUAUUGAGCUUCUAUUUCGACGAGCAGGUUGUUUGCCAGAAAAAUUUGCUGAACUUUUAAAAGCAAAAGGAACGAAUUGGCUAGGAAAGACUGUAGAAUAUGUUAAACAAGAAUUAAAGAAUAUAAUGAAUAGUGAUGAACGAAAUUUUUGUCGCCAUGAGUCUUUCCAUGGAAGAAAGAAUCUUGCUUAUAGGGCACUGACUUCUGGUGAUACGAUCACUUCAGAUAUAAACCAUCCUUCUCAUAUCGUUGACGGAGUUAAAGAAACCAAUUUCACGGGUGGUUGUAGUGAAGUAACUGGUUCGCCUACUUGGUUAAAUAUCACCUUGGAUCAUCAUUUAUCUCUGUAUAGUGUUGAAAUUUUAUCGGCUGAUUGCUGUAAGCUACCAUUCGUUAAAAUUUAUGGAGACAAUAAGGUUAUAACUAAUAAAGUGAUUAUAAUAGGUGAAGGAAAUAUGGUUGUUUGUGAGGUUAGCAUUUUCUCAGAUAAUAUUGCCGAAGGUAAAGGUGUCAUUCUUAACAGCUAUAGGUCUGAUACUGUAAUAGAUGAAUUUGAUCCCAUCUAUUUGACUGAUGGUAUUCCGACUAGCUGUAUGAAGCUACAAAAUCCCUAUAGCUUUUUCAUUGAUCUUGGAGAUAUUUUUACUAUACAACAGGUUAAAAUUAUGAAAUCAUCCUUAACUACUGGUGCAGUGCAGGCGAAUGUAGUUGGCUAUGCUCACCAUCUAGCAUUUACUCAGGUCGUGAAUAUAUGUUCUUCGCUUGUCGACGUUGUUUUUGUAAAUAAUUGGGCAAAUUUUAGUUGCCAGUCAAAUAACAAUGUUAGAUUUAUUCAUGUAAAAACAAAUAGCAACAACAACCUACUUUUAUGUGAUUUGAUUAUAAAGGGAAGUUUUUCCGAAAAAGGAAGCACCAACAUAGCUUUUAAUAAAAUUUGUUGGAAUUCAGGAUCUUAUCGACGAACUAAUAAUCUGAACUUUAUUCCCUCUAAAUUAGUUGAUGGUAUUAUCGGAGGAACCGCUCCGUAUCUUUAUCAAUCUGCUAGCCCAGAAGCCUGGUUAUGCGUUGAUCUAUAUAAUAUCUUUAAAGUGCAAUCUUUUAUUUUGAUUAGUCCUAUUCGAGAAAGAGGCGAUUCAUUUCACGUUACUGUUAUCAACGAAGUUCCAGAUGAAGAUUGGAAUUUAACAAAUACAAAUUGUCUCAGAGAUUACCGACCUUACGAAGACAGAUCAUUAGGAAGUUUAAAAAUUGCCAAUUGCACAAAUCCUUAUCCUAUUGGAAGAUAUUUUAUAAUAGUUGAAGUAUUAAAUAGUUCAUUAGUAGCAAGUGAACUGGAAAUUUACGGUAUACUUGAAAAAGAAAUAGCCGAUUUGUUGUCAUUAAAUAAUAUAAGCAGUAUUCACCAAAGAAGUAAAAGAGGAUUAGAUUUUAAUCAUCCAAUUAAAAUGUUUGACGAAAAUGCUAAUUCGAUAUUUGAAAAUGAAUAUUUUCAGUCAUGUGCUACUAUUGUUAAAAGUGACAGGGACUAUCUUAACUGGAUGGGUGUUGAUUUUCAAACAUAUAUGUUAGUCAGCAAAGUUAUUUUAGUACCAGCUAAUGAUCCGCAUCAAGAACGAUUUAACCAUUUUCAAAUAGUGAUGUUAGGUCAAAGUAUUGCAAAUGAUAAUUACAAAAGGAGCCAAUCCGGCUACUUUUUGUGUCGCUAUAUUAAUCUGGAUAGACCGUUGGGUUGGAUAUGGAAUAUAGACUGCAAAAACUACACCCACGGACAAGUUCUUAUAAUAAUUGACAAAAGAAUAAAUACGUUUAGAAUGUCAAUAUGUGAAUUGAAAAUAUAUGCUGUACAAAUAGCCAAACCUGAAGAAGGACAGUCAAAGAGCUAUGAUAAACAUAUUUUCAGAUAUCCCUCUCUUGUCGCAAAUGAUAAGGCUAAAUAUUUUAAGACGAUUUAUAGUUUCGAAUCACCAUAUAUCUUUUCAUAUACUUCACUUACUGUUGAUACAGUUAGACUCUUUGAGCUGAAUCUAAUAAGGAUAUUUACAUCAUUUAAUUACAACUCUAAAUCUUCCUUUAAGAUAUACAAUAGUCGAGAUUUGCAUAAUACAAAUGAGUUAGAAUACUGCAAUGAACAUAGAUUGGAAGACGAUGGUGAAAUUUUAAGAGAAUCUGUAGUUAAAUAUUGGUGUAAACACAAGUCGAUUGGUAGAUAUGUAGUGUUUGAAAUUAAUAGCGCCCUGAACUUUAGAGUUAUAGAGUUACGUGGCUCAGAGUAUGCCUUUCGUAAAAAGUCACCUCAAGAUGAAUCUGUUCUACAGCAAUUUCAAAAUUGGCUUCCAUCAAUAUCAUUUCAAAGAUGUAUCUCCUCCUGUUGGAGGGACAUAAAUUGUUCAUCUUAUGCUUACAAAUGGAAUAACGCUCAAUGCUCUCAUUCACCCGAAAGAUUUAUUUCUUCAAACACUCAACAAUGGGAAAGUUCAGAUAUAACUUUCUAUAACCAAGACGAAAAACUUAACAAUGAAGAAACUAGAUUUGCUUCACCUUAUAUUAAUAUGUUUGUUUUUCUAAGCGGAUACGACGCUUAUGGAAAUGAUUUAUAUAAUUUGAAACUUACCUUUGAUGUUUGUUUACAAAUAUGCUUUGAUGAACCGGAUUGUUUUUUAAUAACAAGAAAUCGAGAAGAAGGCAUAUUAUGCUCACACGAAGAAAAUGCUAAAAUUACAGGGAAACUCUGUGCCCAAUAUUUAUAUUUAAAAGCGGGAGGUUUAUAUAAUAACUUUGAAUUAGUUUAUAAAAUGAUUGGAGAUCUUUGGACUGACAAACCUCUAAAACAAAUUCAAGAUAAUAUCGACAAAAGUACUAUCUGGAAUCCAAUCAUAAAUAGAGAGAAUAUCGCGUUAUAUCGUAAAGUUAAAGUUAAUAAUACUGCAGUGGACAAUUAUAUUCCCUAUCACGCAGUUGAUGGUGUUAAUUAUCCAAUAGUAAAUCUUCAGGCUUGUGCCAUAUUUACAAAUAUUGACAAUUCUGCGCCAGCUUAUAUAGAAGUUAACUUAGAAUCAGUGAUCAAACUUUAUUGUUUAAUAAUAUCAGAAUCUAACAAUAAGCAAUUAUCGGAAAUUGUAAUCUACAAACAAUAUACAACGGAAAAGCAGAUUAUUUGUAAUGAAACUAAAAGAAAGGUAAACUUAGAUACAACAUUCUACUGCAAAAAUAACGAUUCUGCUAAAAUAUUAAAUUUGGAAUAUUUUAAUAAAUUAGAAAUCUGCGAAAUUAAAAUAUAUCCAGACAAUUUGGCAUUAGGAAAGCCAGUUUUAAAUUCUGCAAAUUUCAUGACAAACAAUCAGUUUAUUGAAGAUAAUCUUUUUAGAUUAAUUUUUAUCGAUCUAGAACAAGAAUAUUCUGUAAACUUCGUAGCUUUAAAUUAUACUAAUCCACAUGAAAAAAAUAAUGUUACUUUCCAAAUUCAAUACAUUAAAAGUUUCUUACAACUGGACAAUGAAGAUUUAAAAUUACAUUCAUACUCGAAAAACAAUAGUAUCAAUUUUAUUCGGAGGAAAGUUACUCAAAGAGCAAGAUAUUUAAAUAUCUAUAGAUUAAAUGAGGACUUUUACGAAAUAACAUUUAUACAAAUUUAUGGACAGCUGAAAAAACCAAAUUUUCUUAAUAUUGCUUAUAGAAAGCAUAUCUCUCUGUUGAAUAGUUCGGAUUAUGUUUUUAAAUUAAAUGACGGUAAUUUCAAUUCCUAUAGUGAAAUAUCAGCAGAUUCAAUGAUUGGGAUUUAUCUUGGUAAAAUCUAUGCAAUUCAAUCAUUCGCUUUACUCUAUGGAUUAAAUAAUGAAACUGUUCAGUAUUAUUUAUCCGCUUUCGUUAACAACACUAUCGAGAGUCAAGAUAUCGAUGAAAAUAUGCAAUCUUGCAUUGAUAAUAAUGAACUAAAUCUUCCUUUGAAAUAUCAAUAUUUUCACUUUCAAUGUGAUAAUAUUGUAAAAGGAAAUCGUUUUAUAGUAUUAAAUAAAAAUUCUAGGAUAAUUAUCAAUGAAAUUCAAAUUUUUGGUCUAGAAUUCAAUGAUGGGAAUAUAAUACCAAUUGAAGAAAUUAAACAAUUUCAUACAAGUGACAGUGGGCCUAUAGACGAUUAUCAUUUCCAUCAUCCAAUAAAGGCCUUCGACGGCUAUCAUGAGAACAUAAUUUCCGAUUUAACUAUUGAGCUUUUCAAUGAAAUUUUAUUAGAACAAAUAGUAAUUACCUACGGAAAAUAUGCAAAUGAAGAAGUCUUAAGUGAAUUUGACGUUUCUGUUGUACGAGAAAACGUUUCAUUAACCAAUUGGCCUUUUCAAGUUUUACGACCAUCGAAGCGAAAUCUUUUAGCAUUUGUUGCAAAAGCUGCUUAA